AUGAUUCGCUUGCAGCGCCAUGGGCUUGCGCUGUUGGUCAUCUUGCUGGCCUCUGCCAAUGGUCAAGUCGCCUCGACCACGAGCACCGUUGCAAGCGCAAGCACCAUCUUGGUGGCGAACACGACCGAGGCUCCCUUCUCGGCCUCUUGCAUUAAUGCAAGCUCCUACUGUGAGCAGGUGCUGAUCGAGUAUGCGAUUCCUGAUCCCUGGGCAUUUUGCCGUGACAUUGCUGUGGUUUGUGCCAACAUCUCGAGCUCUUUGCUUGACAAUUCGAUACCUGCCAACGCCAGCUCCGACCUGCGUGAUCUUUGUCUCAACACGACACGCUACUGUGAAAGCACGCAAACCACAGACCCCAUCCUGACGUCGCUGCGCACCACCACGCUGGUCGAGACCAUCAGCGAAACACGUGCACGUCUUUUGGCUGAUAUUACUUUUUAUGUACUGGAUCUGCACGCUUCGGUUGGACGCUACCAUGCAAGCGAGCAGGGGCUCAGCAGUGAAUGCACGCUCGCUGUUUGCAACGCCUCACUUGCCGACGUGAUCCUGGGUCAGGGUCCCCCAGCCAUGCAAUCUUGCGUCAACGAUACCUUUGAUACUUGCGCCAAUUUGGCACACCCUGGCUAUACCCCUUCGCUGUUCAAUCACAGCAGCGCCCUGCUUGCCACUCAAUCUGUGCUUGCGCGCGCGGUCUUUGAGGAUCCGAUCAUGAUUAUUCAGGGAGAGAAUCCCACCUUUGACCAAGUCUUCUUGCAACAGGCCCUCAAGUCCGUCUCCGCAACCCUGGCUCUUUCCAGCCGCUCAGUCUCGUCCGUGCGUCGUAUCUACAGCAACGUGGCCUCGAGCAUAGAUGACCACUACGUUGUGCUCUUCAACCAAACCAUGGAGGACGAGGCCUUUAUGCUUUUUCAAGCCGCCCAGCGGAUUGAAAAUGCUCACCGCUUCCAGCUCGUCCUAGAUGGCUCCAACGCUGAUCUCGGUAUUCGUUUGUGUCAGCUACUCAAGGAUAGACUGGGUGCAGUCGUCAACUUGACCCUUUUUGAGGACGGCAUGCACGCUCCCACCUAUGUGGCGAGUCUGAACCAGAGCAAUUUGAUUGUCAUGCUGCUCACUGGUUCAAGCGUGACAGCCGACCUGCUCGUGGCCUGGAGCCUGCUGGAAGAACUCCCGCUCCUGAUCAUGUUGCCCAGUCGUGGCUGGAAUGUGUGGCAGCAACUCAACCUGCAAUCCCCACUUCAAGUGGCUGGUCUGACAUACGACGCCCUGGAGAUUGACUGGAGUGCCGUUCAGCCCCUAUCCAUCGAUGAACUAGACGCCAUCAGCUUGGAAUCGCCGACGCUUCUACCUUCAAUAGCAGCUCUGUACCAACGCGUCAUCCUUAACCUGACAGCUGCAGCGCACCCCAGUUUCCAGGGCUUUGAGGCGACAUCUUUCAUCACCACCGGCUGGCCCGUGGAUAAUGCCACCGCAACUGGUGAGUGGGCCCUCUCUGACGUGGCACAGGCGUACAUCAGCCAACGCCUGACUCCCGAGCUGGCGCGAGAUGUGGUCGCCAAUGAGCCUCGCAUAGUGAAAGCCACAGGCCAGAUCGGUCGGGUAGCCGAAGAGGAAAUGCGGUUGCUUGAGGCGCUCUCCUUUUUAUAUAUUUCACUCAACAUUAGUUCGGAGCAGGUCAACACGACGCUGUCCGAACAGGAAGAGCUGUCACAGUACACGCGAGACGUGCUUCUAAGUCAUUUUCCCACCAUGUCGGGAACCACAGACUACCGUCUUUUGACCAAGGCUAUUCCCACCAUGCCGCAAAUAGCAGACGAAUCCGACGUUUUUCUUUUGCAGCCCACCUCUUUCUCGGUCACAAUGCAGCUGCAAGCACCUUUAACACUUCCCGUCCCAAUCCUAGCCUUUGAUGAGUUUGGCAUGACCGUCGUCGAUGCCAGCGCCUUACCCGUGGCAGUGGCGAUCGAGCCCGAGGUGGGUGGCGUCCUUGUCUUCCUCGCCUUUGCUCUCUUCAUUCUUUAUUGCGGUCGUCAAAAGGUCGGCGCAAUGCUUUUCGAGCAAACAGCCAAAGCAGAGCGCUCCGCUGAGAUGGCAAAGCACGAGGUUGAGGUCAAAACGACCUUCUUGGCCAACAUGAGUCAUGAAAUUCGCACGCCACUUCAUGCCAUCCUAUCCAUGGGUCGCAUGCUCUUGGACAGUCGUUCAGAGGACCCUAAUGCAUCCCAGCAGGACAUUAGCGAUCUAUCACAGCUCAUUCGAAGCUCUGAGACGCUCGAGGCGCUGGUCAACGACAUCCUUUUCAUUUCCAAGAUGCAAACUUCUUCUUUCAAGCUGGCUAAUAAAACCUUUGAUGCCUGCGAGCUGCUGGAAGACAUUACCCAGCUCUUGGCGCUACGAUGGGCAACCAAGGAUGUCGAGGUCAUUGCCCGUUUAGAGGUGCCUGAAUUUCAAUUUGAGUAUUACUCCUUGAUCAGCUCACUUUUCAUGAUUGUGUCUCUGCAGCUUUAUGCCGAUUCAUUGAGGCUCCGUCAGGUGCUUACGAAUUUGGCUACCAAUGCUAUGAAGUUCACCGAGCAAGGCAAUGUCGAGCUCUCGCUCUUCUGCAUCGAUUUGCAUCCGGAUGACGACUAUGCCUCUCCAAGCGUGGAUGAAGCUGUACCCCACGUGCUUUUUCAAGUUAAGGAUACGGGCGUGGGUAUGGAUCGAGACACCAUGCUGAACCUCUUUGAACGCUUUUUUCAAGGCGCGCAUUCCAUCACCAAUGCCGUGGGUGGCGCGGGGCUCGGACUCGCCAUUUCUGCCGAGCUCGUCUCGCUGAUGGGUGGUACCAUCGGGUUUGAGAAUGAAGCCACGGUUGCUCGCGUGGCCUACGAACCGAGUGCCGAGUUUAUUUUGAAGCGCUGCAAGAUUCCGUUUGCCUCGGAACUACAAGGCAUUGCCACCAAGCGUUUUCAGGGUCAAUUUGCACUCGUGUGCUCUGUGCACGCGGGUAUCACCAAGAUCGUCGCCAAUUAUCUGAAACGAUGGGGAUUGAAGUUUUCUGUUGGCACCUCAGUAAACGCAGCUUUUUUGGCGGCGAAAUCUGAGCACGGCGUACAACGAAUGAAUCAGAUAUCUGUUGCCAUUGUUGACGCAGACGUUGUUGCCGUAUCUGAGGAGGAAAAGUCUCUCUCCUGCCGUUUUGUGUGCCUCUGCAACGAUUCUCACCGGCGUCUAUUACAAACGGGCAAGUCUGAAGAAUGGGCAAGUUGUGCGGAUCAUGUCUUGCUGGCCAAGCCAAUCAAACGCCUCUCGCUGUGGAAUGCGCUGGUCUACGAUGAGCCGCUUCCUGAGGAGACAGUCCCAGAAGCAACCGUGGCUCAAAUUGCACUGUUGCCACGCAUUCUUUUGGCGGAGGACAACCCGCUGAAUGUGCAGAUUGCUCUGCGCUUUUUGGACUCGAUGGGCAUGAAGGACGUCAUUUUGGCUCGGGACGGACAGCAGGCCGUCGACAAAUUUGCCACUGAAGGACCCUUUGACCUCAUUUUGAUGGACUGCCAAAUGCCUAACCUGGACGGCUUUGCAGCCACCAAGUUGAUUCGCCGAUACGAGCACGAACAUCUAUUGGGCCGCGAGGUCCCCAUUGUAGCAAUGACGGCCUUUAGCUUGCCCGAGGAUCAGGAGAAAUGCUUGGAUCAGGGCAUGAAUGACUACAUUUCCAAGCCGUUCACCAAGGAGCGGAUGCGAGAAAAGGUCACGCAAUGGCUGCGAGCUGCAGCAGCUGCUACGCCCAGCUAUUCCCAGCGAACCUCUCUUUCGAAAAAGCCGUCCUUUCGAUCACAAGCAAGUUCACCAAGCCUCAAUUAUGAGCAGCCACCUGUCUUUGUGGGACAGAGUGCGAUGAGUGUUGGGGUGCCCACUGUUGCGCGCGCAGCGCGCACUGUUCAGCGGCCUUCCAGCUUGAAGACGGCGCAGCAGAGUGUGAGCGAAGAGCCUGAACUGUCACCUUUGACCACAGAAAGCAGCGUAGCUCCGACAACCACGAGCCUAUUUGGCUCAAGCCAAUUCGAAGCUGCUUUGCGGGAAGCCAGCGGCUCUGAUGAUCGGCAGCCAACGCCACCAACCACAGGUGCCGAGACAGCGUCAGCCGCGAGAUCGACACAGCAAACCUUUGAGCUACCCAACAUGCAGACAGAUAUGCUCCAAAUGCUGUCGAGUCUCAAUGGCACGGGUAAUAGCAGCACGGCUUGA